AUGGAAACUUAUUUGGUUUCAAUUGAUCUUAAUGUAUGGAAUAUCGUAACCUCAAAAUAUGUUGUUCCUUCUACUAUACCUACUGAUCCUGAUGCUAAGACUCAAUAUGAGUUAAAUGCUAGAGCUAAGCAUGCUAUCUUGUGUGGUCUCACCAAGGAUGUUUUUGUAAAAGUCAUGCAUUGUACUUCUGCUCAUGAGAUAUGGAACAAACUUGAAACUAUUUAUCAAGGGGAUGCUAAGGUCAAAGAAUCUAAGAUUCUCACACUCAAAAAUCAAUUUGAGUCUUUGAGAAUGAAAGAAGAUGAGACCAUUGCAAGUUAUUUUCUCAGAAUUGAUGAAGUAGUAAACUCUAGAAGAGGUCUUGGUGAAAUUGUUGAUGAAAAAGAUGUUAGAAAGGUCAUUAUAACAUUGUUACCUAAAUUUGAAACUAAGGUAUCAACCUUAGAAGAGAAGAAAAUCUUUUCUACAAUGAAUCUUGAUAGUUUACAAAGUAUACUCACAGCCUAUGAAAUGAGGAUAGGCAGUAAUCCUUCCUCAUCUAAAGAGAUUGAUUUCAAAGUAGAAAAGGAAGAAGAACCUGAUAGUGAAUCUGAACUCUCAGAUGCUAUUGAAGCCCUUCUUGUUAGAAAAUUGAAAAAUAAGUAUAAGGGCAAAUUGCCAUUCAAAUGUUUUAAUUGUGGUAAGUCUAGACACUUUGCUGCUUAA